UCUCUAGCACUGAGCUGCACUCGCUGGAAGAUGGCGGACUGCAGCACACUGCUGGAUGAGGAGCUUGAGUCUUUCGUCUUUAAUUAUCUGACUGACAGCCCGGAACCUGGUGUGGAACCUCUUUCAUUGGACUUCCCUGAGAUCGAUCUGUCCCAGUUGGAUGCAAGUGAUUUUGACUCUAACACUUGCUUUAAUGAGCUGCAGUGGUAUAAUGAUCAGUCAGAAAAUGAAUCUAGCCAGUACAGCACUGACGACUCAGAGUUAUUACAGAUCAUAGACAGUGAAAAUGAGGCCUUAUUGGCGGCACUCACACAGACACUGGAUGAUAUUCAUGAUGAUGAUAUCAGCCUCUCUGCCUUCGUAUCUGCGGGAGAUGAGAACGUCGGCCCAUUACCUGUCCUCUCACCAAAACCCAGCCUAGCUGAACUUCCAUUGAGCCCCGAAAGUGAAGAUGAGCUGUCUAUACUUAAGAAGUUGCUGCUUUCUCCAGCACAGACACCCAUUGCGACUGAGACCCAAAAGGAUGGGAAUUCUCGGCGUCAGGGAACUUCUAAAUUCCGCCCACAGCGGGCUUACUCUAAGGUGGAGAGCCCAACAGACAGACAGUCUGGGUUUCCCCAAGCCCAGAGCAGAAGCUGCACAGAGUUGCACAGGCACUUAGUAUCCACUCCAUGCGUUCCACAAGCCACCUCUUUUUCCAAGGAUAACAGCCAGGACUGUACAAAGGAAGGAGAGAGUGACUCAUAUGAAGAAGAAGGGCAUAGUGAGGAUGAUACAUUGGACACUUUACUGACACCUCCUCCAGAAGAGCAGAAACCACAGUUUACUUGUGAAAAGGAAAAGCGUGCAGUUGUGGACCUCAUUCGGUAUAUGCACACUUACUGCCUUCCAGUAAAAAAACACCUCAGUAGUGAGAAACACCAGCAUUGUAAGAGACCUAAACUGGAAUCCACUCCUCAAUCUUACUCCUGCUCUAAUCAAGGCAAACGGUUAGAUUCCAGAAGUGCCAAGGUAAGCUGUCCUGCGGUUGGUAAAUACAAAUGGACAAAGCCAGCAGGGACAAGGUUUUCUAUCUUGAAAGAACUGCUAGCAAAGGAUGUGUGUGGGGAUGUGAGCAAACCAUACCGGUUGGCACAACCUGUAUAUGCAGCUUUCUCUGAUUCUUGUGGCAGUGAUUUCAUAAAGAGGAAUAACAAAAAAGAUGAAUCUGAUUUGGGGAAAUCUGCAAAUACUGCUCAGGAAAAUUUGACUGUUAAAACAGCCCAGAAACAGGAAAACUCUAUAUAUGCCGUUAGGCGGUCAAGCAGACUGAAUCCAGAGUUCAGUGAAUGGUUUUUUGAUGAUGAAACCUCCCCAGUAACAUGUGUGACACAAGCUAGUGCUGACCUAGACUUCAUGUCGGCAACAGGCGACUUUUGCUUGACCAGUGAAUCUUUUGGAGAUGAAGGAGAGGUGGCAGAAGUAGAAGUGGGAGAAUUACUGGAUCCUCUUGAUAAAUUCUUACAAGAAAGGGAUCUGGAUGAAGCACAGAUUGACAGUGUUAUCCAACAACUCCAAACCAGAGAUAGUUCCAGUUGUUCUUCUCUUCCAUCCCAAAAUGAUUCUACAUUUGAGAAUGGGAAUUUUGAGCAAGCGCUUACUGUUGAGCUCUGCGGCACUGCAGGCUUGACUCCACCCACUACGCCACCAUACAAGCCCACAGAAGAGGAUCUUUACAAGCCGGAACCUUUGAAAAGUGAACCUCUGAUCAGCACACACUGCAAAAUAGAGGUGACUGAAGAGCAUCGGUCAGUAAACAAGAAAACCGCAAAGAAACACCCAGAGAGGACUGAGCUAUUUGCUUAUUUAAGCCGAACUGCAGACCCUCCUGCUCGAGUUGAAUCACAGGGCAUAAAAAGACCGUUAUCCAGGUCUUUCGGUGACCAUGAUUAUUGCCAGGUCAGGAAAAGUGAGACUGCUUUUCAGAGGAAAGUAAUAAGGUCUUUAGAUCUGCCAAGUUGUGUGGAGACAAAGCCCAAGCAAGCGCUGCUUCCACUGCAUCAGCGGAAUGUAGAGAAAAAGACAGAAGGGACUCCCAGAGACAACGGCAAACUGUUAAAAGACCAUGAAAUCAGAGCAAGCCUCACAAAGCACUUUGGGCUUCCUGAUCAUAACCUCAAAGAUGAGAGUGAUGCACUGUACAACAGCCCUGAAUAUGACUCUGUCUUUGAUGACAGCAGCAGUGAAUGCAGCUCACCUGUGGAGGAUGAUGGUUUCUUUUCUCCUCUUAGAAGCAAAAUAUGUUUAGAAAGGAACACCUCCUCCAAACCCAAGCUUCAGUGCUACCCUCUAAACCGGACCAGACCUCGUUCCUUGCACCACAGUUCAAGAGACAGACCAAGAGUUUUCAGGCAUGAGAGAGAUGAGCACCAAGGCAGCAGGCAGCCGAGCCAAAGGCAGAUUCAGAGGAAAAGAGAAAAGGCAGUUGGUGAAGGACGGCUGAUCUACAUCAGGAACCUUUCCAACAGCAUUAGUGCUAAUGAGCUGAAGAGAAGGUUUGAAGUGUUUGGAGAAAUCACUGAAUGCCGUGUCCUUCUCAAAAGCAGGGGAGAGAAAUACGGCUUCAUAACCUAUCGGCAUUCGGAGCAUGCAGCCUUGGCUCUACAAAAAGGAGCCUCCCUGAGAAAACGGAGUGAGCCCCCUUUACACUUGAGCUAUGGGGGGCUCAGGCAUUUCUUUUGGACCAAAUACAAUGAUCUAGAUUCAAAUGCAGUGGAGCCUUCAUCAACAGUAAAAAAGAGUAAAUACGAGUCAAUGGAUUUUGAUAGCUUGUUGAAAGAGGCACAAAGAAGCUUGCAUCGAUGACAGCCUUAACCCCAUUAGGAGGAGCACCUCAAUACCUCAAGUCAAGGCACUUCCCCCUAUGUUUACGUUUUAAAGAAAAAAAAACAAACAAAAAUGGAAUACAGAAACAAAAAGACUUUAUCCUUUAAAUUGAUGUUUACAUUGAACAAAGCUGCUUCUGUAUGUGAUUUUUCUCCAUGGUGUCGCUGUCUCACUGCCACAGUUUAGUAUACUUGCUUCCCGGGUGUGUCUGUCGUCGUCCCGUCUCGGCCUCUUCUCUUUCCUGUUGUAAUUGCAGCUGCGUUCUCCAUAAUAUUUUGUCUGUAGUGCGUGUAAAAGAAAAGAAAAAAAGUCAAAACCAUACAAAAAUGCAAUGUCAUUUGUGACUAGAGUCUAAAUUACAAACUAAUUUUAAUAGGAGAAAGAUGUAUAUUCUUAAAUGAAAUGAUGUAUUUAUGGUUCACAUGUACUGUAUUUCAGAUUGAUGUAUGCUUCAUUUUGAACUAUGCACUGUAGUGGGGUGUUUGCAAAAGAUCAAAAAUGUAAUCCUCAUACACUAAUAGCCAUGAACCAUUACUGGGCAUUACUCUAAAGCUGAGAGACCGCAGGGCUUUCAUAGAGUUACUACGGUGGGGAAGAAUCACGAAUAUCUAUUGGUAGCAAAACAGAGUCUUCAGAGUCUUUCGCAACUGAGGUCACGGAAUCUUCAGGACUGAAAACUGCAUUUUAACUUCUUUAUAACUUUUACGUUUUUAAAAAUAUAUAUAUCUCACACAUUUUUCUUUAACAGUCUUUAUCCCAAAAAGUAUUUUUAAAACUGAAAUAGCAAGAUGCAAAGAACAUAUAUUGCAAUGUCACUAACUGGUAGCCAGCCCCAUGUAUUGUGGUUGUUAUUGAGUGGCUUCUCUUACCCGUUUGUGUCUGUGUCAUCCUUGGGAAAUCAUAAAGUACAAAGAAAUACAUAAAUAUAGUUGCAAUCAUAAUAUAUAGCAUUUGCUGUGCCUGUUUUAAAGGGAUGAUUAACCUUCAGGUUAACACUUAGUUAUAAAACUAUUUGCUUUUCUUUUCUGAACUUUCCAGUUUUCGAAGGGAAGGGGGGGGGGGGGGUCACUGACUCCAGCAGCCAAUAAACUAUUGCUCUAUGAAGCUACAGUUUUAUUGUUGCUGUUACUUUGUAUUACUUAUCUUUCUGUUUAGACCCUCCUUUAUUCAUGUUUCUGUCUCUCUUUCUAACCACUACGUGUUUUGCUAGGUCAAACUGGACCAUAGCAACCAGAUAGCUGCUGCAAUUUGAACUGGAGAGUUGCUGAGCAAAUAGUUAAAUUCAAAAACUGCAAAUAAUACAAAAUGAAGACCAACUGCAAAUUGUCUCAGAAUAGCACUCUCUGCAUUAUACUAAAAGUUAAUUUGAGGGUAAGCCACCCCUUUAAGACCAUAAAUUGUCUCCACAUGGCACAGAAUGGACUGAUGCAGCCUAAACCUAAUGGGUGCCAAAAGCAUGAGAGCUACAGACAGGUGACAAAACACUGAACAUUCUUGUUAAAACCUUUGAAUAACUAGUGCAUUCCCAUGCCGCUGUCACUUUAAAGCAAUCGGUUUUAUUGUCUUCUAACUGACAGUGAGGUUAUAUAUCAGUUUUGUAAAAUAUAUAGUUUUUAUUCUGUGUAAGCACUUUCAGAGACACCUUAUGAUUUAACCUAAUUGCUCAGUUUAAGCAGUACAAUGUACUACACAUUUCCCAAAAUGCAUACAGCCAUAAAUAUCCUCCUAUACAAGUGCUGAAGAGAGUGGCCACAUUGUCUACGCAUGGUUAUGUGGGGCUGUAUAGCCUAAUAGCCUGUCCAUUGCUGAUUUUCAGCCAAAUUCAUGGCUCAUGGAGUUGGAUAUUUGUUUUAAACUCUCAUUAAAUGCAUUACAUUUAAAAAAAAAAAAAACAAGUCCUGAACAUAAACAAGACGAGAGUUACUUUUCUGUAACCAAGGGACGGUAUGGUUUAUUAUGGUAUUUGAACUGUUCAGUCUGUCAUGCACAGUAUGAUAUUUGCUCCAAAGACAACCAUGACAUAGUGGACGCCAUGUUAUCCUCUUGCUAGCAGGGAAUGCAUGGGGCCGCUGCUUAAAUAACACGUGGAGGUCAAAUAUGCGGCCUUCAACGCCCAUUGUAUCCUAAAAGCUGCAGGUUUCAUGUCCCUGUUGUAGCACACAGCAAUACUCAUUUGAAUGCUGAACAAAUAACACAGAGUUGGGGACUUUCAGUCUCCCACCUUACAGUUUCAGCUUGUCACAAAAAGCCAUUGUUUCCUCUGACACAGAUGUGUUAGGGACUAACCAUUAAUGUCUGAGAAUUGGGGCUACUAGCUCCAGUUAGGAUUUCUUGAAUAUUUAGCAGGGUAGCAUAGAAUGUAGGAUUAAGCCAUUAUGCGUAGUUAGCCUUACUUCUAGAAAUAGUCAUAGCUGGGAUAUUUUCCGGUUUCAUAUUCUGCCAAAGUUUCCAGCAGCACCCAUAAUCCCUUGCAAGGAUUAUAACUUACUCUUUGGCAAACACCUUAUCAUAGCUCUGCCUUUUUCUAUCAUUGUAUUCCCACACAACAAUGAUGUUUACAUGUGAUUGCUAUAGAGUUUACUGUAGGAAAAAGAAACUAUAUACAUAUAUAUAUAAAUAUAUACUUAUAUAACACCUUUAGGGUGAAUAGUACUGUUCUGUGCUGUGCCGGUUAGUUUUGAUGUCAAUAUGUGAAAUAUCUCUUAUCUCUUGUCAAUAUAAUUUAUUGGCAUUUCUGUAGGUUUAGACUUUCUGUUGAACAAAAGAGGAUUAUUUGUAUAGAGACAAGCUUCCCGUCACUUGGCCUUUUUAUCUAUUCUAACCCCAGAGAGUUUUCCUACACAAUGCCAGGCAGUGCUUGGAUUUUUCUCCCUCGCUCGUGUGAUUUGAUGUGGGCAGCAGGGCUUCCAUGUUGCAAUCAUUAGACAGCAGAUGUUUGUGGGAUUUCUAUGGGCAGACCCAUAUCACCCAGUGCAAGAUAGAGAUAUUAAUGGAGAGAAAUUAUGUUUUCCCCCCUCAUGAGGCCUUUAAAAUAUUGUUUAACAAGCAUAUUUUCCAGCACUUAUGCAGACUAUAGGCACUUGCACAGGUCUUUACGCACAGGUAGUUUAGUUACGGGUUCACCUCAACUUUCUACAUUUUGUAGAUGUUUUAAAAUUAAAAAAGCAAGUGUUUAACAUCUGUGAAUGUUAACCAAGGUCGGCUGUGGCUAGCAGCAACUCUCUGCAAUAAUACAGCCUGCUUUAUCUUGGUCGUCUUUUCUUUUUCUUUUCCUUUCGCCACUUCUAAAACAAUUAAGUACAAAAGAAAUGCAAUCGAUGUAAAGUUUAAGUUAUGUAUAUAUGUAUAUUUUUAUUUUCUGAUAAUCAGUAAAACAUUAACUGACAUUGUAUAACGAGUCAUGUAGAGAAUGCCGAUUGUUUGUUGUGUCGACGAAUAUUUCUAAACAUGUUCUCCGCUGAUCAUUGAAAUGAUGGUAAUAAAAGAAUUUCCUUCUUUUUUUUUUUGUAGAGAUCAUAAUCAUAAAGGACUACUUAAAUGAAUAGCAGUUUUUAAGAUGAAGUUGCUCCUACAUAGGAAAAUCGGUAAUUACUCGGACAUCCAGAGGUUAUUUUCAGUGCAGAAUGACCAUUUGUUGAUACCUUACACUAGUUCUAUAAAAUAUGCCUCCUGAGAGUGGGGGUUCCAAAAAUAAGCUUUAAUAAAAGGAGCAACUUGAUUUUAAAUACUACUUUUCUACUAAACAAAUGUCUUUACACUGAAAUAUAAACUAUCAAUAUAGCUUGAAUCUCCAGGGGGAAUCAGUCAUUCUUCUGUCCACCUUUUGCUAAACAUCUGUAUUAUAUAUCUUACAGGUAGCAUGCAGAUCACAACUGUUAUCAUUGCUAUAGGGCAGCCUGCACUGCAGUUUGUGCCAUUCGCUCUGUAUAAAUACAUAUAAAUAUGAAGGUAUCCAGUGAAGUUUAGCCUUAAAGCUGUAGAUCCCAGGGAAUGCUGAUUUUUCUGUAGUCCAAUUUAUUUAAUUGUAAAGGCUUGUAUUUUCUAGCAGACGUCCUCAUCCAAUGGUACAAAAGCCAAAUCAUAAUGAUAAAGCCUGAAACUUAAUGCAGAUUUGGGGUUAUUUUUUAAAGAACGAUACUAAAGACAAUUUCAAAAGCCCAAAGAAGAAUAGCUUGAAUUGCAUUAGGCAUUCAGCAGUCAUUGUCAGUGCAGUUGCAGUGGUGCAUUGCCACUAAACCUGUGUAUUCAUUGUACACACCUUAUUACUGCACUUGGCCCCAUGCUAUUGCACCACCAUACCCUGUAAAUGACAUACCAUCGUUUUUUAACUGGAAAAAGAUAUCAUUAAGAUCACAUCCAGCUGAUUAAAACAUGGCAUUUGUUUGAAUUAUUGCAACUGUCAUCUACCAAUUGCGUUGCUGUAAUAACAAGCUUUUUCAUUGGCUGCAACAGAAUAAUGCUAAAUAAACUAAUCUGCGCUGCAGACAGAACAACUGAUAUUUUUAUGAUCUUGAUAGUGUUUUCCUCCCUUUUUUAGUCCAGGGCCACGUGGUCCCAUAAUGGGAUGUUGACUAUGGGAUUGAUACAAAGCAGAUCCUGUUUUUCUCAUUUUACUUGAUCAUUUUCCAUAAUUAGCAUUUAUAUAUUCAAGUUUCCCCCCCCCAAAAAAAAUCAAUAAAUGAAUACAUACAUGUAUACUAGGCAGCCUGCCAUUGUGGUUGUGAAGGCAAAUAUAUUCUAAUAUAUUGGCAUACAGCAUAUGUAUGCGCAACAGAAUAUCACAAUACUGUACUUAAAUUGUGCAAGUGACACCAGGUUUUCUGAGGUUUGUAAAUACAAAGCUGAUAUUUUAUUUACCACAAUCAAUAGUAUUGUUUUGUUGCUGCAGGGUUUUUAAUGGCCUAGGAAUAGACAACCUUUCAGUGAUUAUGUGGGAACUGCACAGGACUGUUUUAAUCACACUUUGCAGCAAUACUUUUUUUAAAAAACAUGGCUCAACCGUGGCGCUUAUUAAUGGCAAAGGUGCAAGCCUGUUUAAUAGCACAGGUACGAUUGUGGCCAGUAAUACCGCAAUGCAAGUCCUUAAUUUAAUGCACCAUGGCAUUAUUAGUACUAAAUUAUAGCCUUCAUAAAUCUCAAUAUUGCUUGGAAUAUUCCCUAAACAGUAUCUGCAUACAAUUGGGUUAAAUCUGCUGAAAUUUUGUUUUGCUUUUCAAUUUCAUGAUUGUUGCAUUUGUAUUGUUUUCCUUUUUAACCAGUUUUGUGUAAACGACAUUCUCCUUCUGCUUCCUUGUGAAACACGUAUAUAUGUUUUCUGACAUUCAUGUACAUAGGUAUUAACUGUGUGUCUUCCAUGUUAAGCAAAGGUAAAGAAUAGCUUGAGGAACAAUCCGUCCACUUCUGCUGAAUUGCUGCUUAUAAUGUAUUCUAGUACCAUGGUUCAUUACCUUGUUCCCAGCACUAUCCCCUAGCCCAAAAUGGACACGUUUUUCAGGAUAUUUAGUGGAUCAUUCUGUACAUGUACACACCUCUCUCCUGAGGAUAUCAUAAAAUAUGCCCUAGGAACCAAGGGCAGUGGAAUAAACACAAUUCUAAAGUACACAAUCUAAUCUAGAACUCAGAAUAUACGAGUAGUGAUAAUUGCCGAACUAAAACCGAUACAACAUUUUAAACACCUUUUUUUGAAUGUGAUCUGCAUUUCGCCAGGGAGGUGUAAGUAUUUCAGUUUGAUUCGGGGGUGGGGGGGCACACCAUCUUUGUUAUUUAAAAAAAAAAUAGGAUAAAUCUAAUUUUUUAAGGACACUGCAAAUGAUUGAUUUAAUGAAUGCAUUGAUUUAAUGUUUUUUAAAUGGUAGGGGUGUUUUUUUUUAUACUUAUACUUUUUGACUUUAGUUCUGUUAUGCCUUUUAUUUAUGUAACAUACUUUUAACCUCCAGCGGCAUGGGUAUCUAUGCCUUUUGUUUUCUUUUUAGUGUGAUUUAAAUGUCUUCCUUAUAAAGAAAAUGUUUUAUUGUAUUUUUACAUUGUCAAAUCCUAUAGUUUCGUAGGUAAUUUAACCAAAAUCGGUCAGUAUAUUAUCCAGUGAGUAUAAAGUCUAUUUUAAAUUGUGUAAAUACUUUCUGGACUGGCUUCUAUUUGUCAAAUUCUCUUCCUAUGAAUAAGGAGUUUCUUGUUUACAUCACAAAAUAAACUGUAGAAUCUCUACAUUCAUGUACUGUAAAUAGCAAAAUGUGUUCAGCCUUCGAAUAAAAUUAAACCAUAUAUGGUAUAAAUUAAACCAUUAAA